AUGUCGCAGGUGCAGCAGACUUUUCUCUGUUACUUAUACAACUAUGCCACUCAGGGCCAUGGCAUAGUUGCAGCACUUGAGGUCACAGUUGGUCUAAGCAAUGUCCAAAGCGCGAGUGUGGAAUUCCAUGAAAGAGAGCAAAUGAGCGAGCUGAUGGGGGAUAACGAGGCACUAAUGGUGGGUUACCUGCAGAGGGAGCCAGUGUUUAGCAGCAAGUUCCUCAUGCUGCAGAUCAACAUCAAAGUCGCAAUUGAUCUCUGCAAGUAUGCAACCAUCAAAUGUACUGACUUAGGCCAAAAGAUAGUGUGCUGGGAGGACUUGACAGAGGAAUUAUAG